CGGAUGCAAUUACAGAACGGAGCGUUAGUCGUAUAUAAAGUCGCCGUCAUCAUCCGUGGAAGCUUCACCAAACUGCGUUUACAGAGUGCAUCUCCCACCUAUCAAAGGCCUCUCUGCCUCCGAUUUCUAUCUCCAAGGGAGAGAAAUGGCACACGCCGGUGUUGAGGAGGUCGAUAUGGUUGUUUUGGGUGAGGAACACGACCACGUUCGAAUUGCUACCUUGAAUCAGCCUCGCCGCUUGAACGUUAUUUCCUUCGAUGUGGUAGCUUUGAUGGCGAAGUUUAUGGAGAAGUGGGAGAAGGAUGGGAAUGCAGAGCUCAUACUGAUCAAGGGGAGUGGACGAGCUUUCUCAGCCGGUGGGGAUCUGAAGAUGUUCUACCAAGGAAAGAUGUCCGAGAAUCCGAGUGUUGAAGUGGUGUACAGAAUGUACUGGCUCUGCUAUCACCUCCACACCUACACCAAAACACAGGUUGCAUUGGCUGAUGGGAUCACGAUGGGAGGUGGUGGAGCGUUUAUGGCACCCGCGAAAUUCUCCAUCGUUACAGAAAACACUGUAUUUGCAACCCCGGAGACAAGUGUUGGCUUUCACACCGAUUGUAGUCUUUCGUACAAACUUUCCCGCCUUCCGGGCCAUUUAGGGGAAUUUUUGGGAUUAACUGGAGCUCGGCUCAAUGGACCAGAAUUGAUUGCAAUUGGUUUUGCCACUCACUUUGUUCCUUCACAGAAAAUGGCGGAGCUUGAAAGUCAGCUGAUAGCACUAAAUAGCGGAGAAGAGAAUGCCGUGAGAUCAGUGAUCGAGGAAAUUUCCACAAAUGUGUCGAUUGAUUCUAAAAGUUUCCUUAAUAAAGAACGGAUCGCUAUAAUUGACAAGUGCUUUUCUAAAGAUUCGAUGGAGGAGAUCUUGGCGUCAUUUGAAGGCGAGGCAAGCAAAGAGGGAGGCGAGUGGAUGCAUACUUUUCUCAAGCCACUAAAGAAGGCAUCGCCAACGGCUUUAAAGAUAACAUUAAGAUCGAUUCGUGAAGCGAGGAAACAAACAUUAGGUGAAUGCUUGAAGAAAGAGUUCAGAAUCACCAUGAAUGUUCUCAAGACUGUAAUAUCACCUGAUGUUUACGAGGGUAUUCGAGCACUCACCAUCGACAAGGACAAUUCACCUAAGUGGGAGCCAGCAACUCUUGAAUCUGUGGAUGAAGAAAAGGUGAGUUUGGUAUUACAACCAUUUGACCAAAAUUUGGAGCUUCGAAUUCCGACAAGUGAUGAAUUGAGAUGGGAUGGAAAAUUCGAAGAGUCUCCCUAUGCACACAAGAUUGUUGCAGCACAUUGAAGGAAUUUUCCUGAGAGUUUCUAUGCAUACACAAAUGGUUGUGUUAGAUUAUUAGUUUAUUACAUAUUAUUCUCUUUACUCUAAUUUUCUUUUUUAAUCUAUAAGCUAAAUUUACUGUACUGUUAAAUUUGACAAGGUGAACGUUUAAUUAUUAUCCUAAAUUUUCUGGA